AUGUGCUGCCUAUUCCCCUUCCUCUGCUGCUUCGGUGUCCAAGCAUUCAAGUUCGCAUCAAGACCCGGCUCUAAACCCGCGAAGAGGAAAUCCGCCGUCAAGCGUAGAGAGAAUACGCGAAAGCGAGAACAAGACCUUUAUGUGAAAGGACUCGGUGUUCCUGGAGUUGACCGAGGACGUACUGCCGAGCAACAGCAUCGUGAGUAA